UUCGCUUCAUCCGUUCGAUUUAGUCUCCAUCGAGACAUCAACCUCAGCGGAACAGACGUGAGUGUAGUGAAAGGAAUUCGAAAAUAGACGCACGAGUGUGAAAAUAAAAUGUGAAACUCCGAUCAAUCAGAAUUAUAGGAGAAAUUUUGUGUCAACAACGAUCAGUGAUAAGAAACAGCAUGGUCACUCGAGUGAAAUAUUGGCUUGUUAUUUCAGUGACAACACUGUUGUGCAUUGGGUCCGGAGAUUCAUUCUUUCUGUUUCUGAAAACAUUGGCCCAAAUCGGACGGGAAGACUUCGAACGAAACAGUUAUGCGCAACCUACUUACGGCAGCAACACGCAGUCGGAAGAGGUUCCCGAGUAUGAUUUCAUCAUUGUUGGUGCUGGCCCCGCUGGAUGCGUGCUGGCCAAUAGGCUGUCCGAAAACGCAAGAUGGAAAGUACUGCUGCUCGAGGCUGGCCCUGGAGAGAAUGAAUUGAACAACAUUCCCAUACUGACCACAUUCCUUCAGGACUCUAGCUACAACUGGGGGGAUGUGGCUGAGGCACAAGAUGGAUCCUGUUGGGGUAUGAUCGAUCAACGGUGCAGCAUCCCCCACGGGAAGGGUCUCGGUGGAUCCACGUUGAUCAACUACAUGAUGUACACCAGAGGUAAUCGGGCCGAUUAUGACCGAUGGGCGUCGCUGGGUAACCCCGGUUGGUCAUACGACGAAGUCUUGCCGUAUUUCAUGAAGACUGAACGAUCAUCGCUGAGAGGAUUGGAAAACUCUACGUACCACAAUUACGAUGGCAUGCUAAGCGUGGAGUUCCCGGCGUUUCGGACACAUUUGGCGCAAACGUUCGUUAAAGGUGCCCGCGAAAUUGGUCACAAAAAAAUAGAUUACAACGGAAAAUCCCAGCUCGGUGUUUCGUAUGUACAAUCGAAUACCCUCAACGGCAUGAGACAAACGGCCUAUCGUGCGAUGAUAAAACCUGUUCUGGAGAACAGACCAAACUUGCACGUGAGACCGUACAGCAGAGUGACCAAGCUGUUGAUAGAUGCGAACACAAAGAGCGUUUAUGGGGUAACGUACGCGAAGAAUUUCAGAAACUUUGAUGUCCAUGCAAGCAAGGAAGUAAUUGUUACAGCUGGGAGUAUCAACACACCUCAAUUACUGAUGCUUUCCGGUAUAGGGCCAGAAGAGCAUUUGCGUAGUAUAAAAAUCCCAGUUGUUCAGAAUCUUCCGGUUGGUGAAAACUUAAUUGAUAGUGUUGUUUUCAAUGGGCUGACAUUUAUAAUGAAUGAAACGGGACAAGCUUUGCUAACAGACAGUCGGUUUCAUUUGCACUCAAUCGCCGACUACUUCCAUGGUCAUGGUCCACUUACUGUGCCGGGAGGCGUUGAAGCAAUUAAUUUUCUACAGACGAGCCAUGGUGCACAGCAGCCUGGAGUUCCCGAUAUAGCGAUAAUUUUUUCAACCGGAUCCCUAGUCUCUGAUGGUGGUUUGGGACUCCGAAACGGGAAGCGUAUAAAAACCAGUUUGUACAAUAAGGUAUACAAACCUUUGGAAAACCUCCGCAACGAUCAGUGGACAGCAUCUGUGGUGUUACUUCAUCCGAAAUCAGUGGGACAGCUCAGUCUACGGAGUGCAAACCCCUACAGUAGCCCAAAAAUCCGCACAAACUAUUUAACAGAAAAGGAUGACGUCGAAACAAUGCUCGAGGGAAUUAAGGAAGCCGUCCGCAUAUCCAAAUCGCCCUCGAUGAAGCGUUACGACGCCCGGGUACUCGGAAUUCCUCUUCCCAACUGUGAGCAAUAUCCCCUGAGCGACGACGACUAUUGGCGGUGUGCAAUUCGUACGCUCUCUAGUACCGCAUAUCAACAGCUGGGUACGUGCAAAAUGGGACCGGCAGAAGAUCCCACCGCCGUUGUAUCAGCCGGCUUGCUAGUGCAUGGCGUUGGAAAACUGCGAAUAGCUGACGUUAGUGUUGUGCCCACCUCAAUUUCCGGACAAUCGGCCGCGGUUGCGUAUAUGAUAGGCGAGAAAGCGGCAGAUUUGAUAAAAGCGCAGUGGAGUUAAAGAUGAAAUCGAUAUGAGAAUGUAGUAUGUACUAAGAAUAAAAUUAUUUAUUUCAAAUUAA